UCAACGACGUCUCUUACAAUUACGCCCUUCCAGUCCUCAGGCUGUCGGCGCACGGCUGAAUGCGCGGUGGUAAUGCUCAAAGAACCCUCAAUGUCGAUUGACGGCUAUUUUGAUGAAAUCACAAUACUAUUAAGAAACUACCAAUUCCCCACACACACGCAUGUUCAUGUCUCUUUCAGCUUACUACACAUGUAAUUUGACAUAGGUAUUAAAUAACAAAAUAACUUUAAAAAAAAACAAAAACAUCUUUUAGGAAAUACAAAAAACGCUUAAAAGGAAAAAGAGCCUAGUUCAGGGGCUGCACAUCUGAACACUGUUUGGACCAACCCUAAUAACGUCGCAGGGGUCUGCAGCCGGUUGCUGUGGUCCGUCGCCAGGCCGACGCCCGGCCCCCGUGGGCCCACCUGGCCAGCACUUGACUGACAGGUGAAUAGCUGGAUGUGUGGUGAGGCGAUGAUUCAAGGGCGUCUGGUUUCCCUCAGUCUGUUAGUGCUACGUGAUAGCCGGGGUACAGUUCCCCCGCCCGGCAGUCACGCCGUCUCCCUUGCCAAGCGGUUAGUGUCCACGGGCGCGAGAUGGGACUAUCGGAAAUAGUGUCUGUUUUAUCAGCGUUUCGACUCAGAGGGAUCAAUUGGGGUUGAACGGAGUCAUGCGGAUCAGAGUCGCUCCGGUAAAGGAACUGAAUUUGGUUUGAAUUGGCCUCUUUGCUUCCUCGUUUGGAGUGACUUAAUAAAAUGCAGAAGAUGGUCCCUGUGAUCCUUUUGCUGAUGAUGCUUCUGGAAGUGGCCGAUUCCGCCCAGGGACGCUACGCCCAGAAGCUUCUGGGAGACUUGAUGGAGGACUACUCCAACGCUCUGCGGCCCGUGGAGGACACGGACAAGGCCCUCAAUGUGACCCUGCAGAUCACCCUCUCUCAGAUCAAAGACAUGGACGAGAGGAACCAGGUGCUCAUCGCCUACCUGUGGAUCAGGCUGACCUGGAACGAUGCCUACCUCAAGUGGAACAAGGAGGACUACGACGGCCUGGAGGUGAUCCGCAUCCCCAGCAGUCUGGUGUGGAGGCCAGACCUGGUCCUCUAUAACAAGGCUGACGACGACUUCUCGGGCCCGAUGGACACCAACGUGGUGCUGCGCUACAACGGAGAGAUCACCUGGGAUGCCCCGGCCAUCACCAAGAGCUCCUGCGUGGUGGACGUCUCCUACUUCCCCUUCGACAGCCAGGAGUGCAACCUCACCUUCGGGUCCUGGACCUACAACGGGAACCAGGUGGACAUCGCCAUGGCGAUGGAUGGCGGCGACCUGUCGGACUUCGUGGAGAACGUGGAGUGGGAGUGCCACGGCAUGCCGGCCCACAAGAACGUCAUCAUGUACGGCUGCUGCUCCGACCCCUACCCGGACAUCACCUACACCGUGCUGCUGCAGAGACGCUCCUCCUUCUACAUCUUCAACCUGCUGCUGCCCUGCUUCCUCAUCUCCUUCCUGGCGCCGCUGGGCUUCUACCUGCCCGCCGACUCCGGGGAGAAGGUGUCCCUGGGCGUCACGGUGCUGCUGGCGCUCACCGUCUUCCAGCUCAUGGUGGCCGAGAGCAUGCCGCCCUCGGAGAGCGUGCCGCUCAUUGGAAAGUACUACAUCGCCACCAUGACCAUGAUCACCGCGUCCACGGCGCUCAGCAUCUUCAUCAUGAACAUCCACUUCUGCAGCGCUGAGGCCAAGCCCGUCCCGCAGUGGGCCAAAGUCCUCAUCAUCGACUACAUGUCCAAGAUCUUCUUCGUCUACGAGGUCGGCGAGAACUGCACCUCCUCGCCCACCUCCUCCUCCUCCCACCUCCAGCUCGACGAUCACAGCCCGGGCCCCGACCCCGACCCCGACCGGGCGGGCCGUAAGGCCGGGGCCGGCCACGGGGGUCACAAGGAGCCCAAUCACUCCCGGCACCCCAGACCCCAGACGCCAAGGGCCCAACACCUCCCCCGGGGGAAGCCCCAGCACCACAUCCCCCGGGAGGAGAGGGACCCCCUGUCCUGCUACGAGGACCCCGACCGCAAGCUCUGCUGCGCGGACGAGCAGAAGCCCCCCUGUUGCCCCGAGGACCAGAAGCCCCCCUGCUGCCCCGAGGACCAGAAGCCCCCCUGCUGCCCCGAGGACCAGAAGCCCCUCCCUUCCCUGCUCCUGGGCCCCGCCGUGACCUUUGGCCCCUGCGUGUUCUGUAGCCAUGGCGACGGCAUCCCGGGGGUGGAGCCCAAACUGGUGCGCAACGUGGAGUACAUCGCCAACUGCUUCCGCGAGCAGCGGGCCACGUGCGCUAAGGGGGCCGAGUGGAAGAAGGUGGCCAAGGUCAUGGACCGCUUCUUCAUGUGGAUCUUCUUCGCCAUGGUCUUCCUCAUGAGCAUCCUCAUUAUGGGCAGGGCGCCGUGACCCGACCACGCAGCAAGCGAUCGAUUUCCCCCGCAAUCAGCCCAGCUGGCUUGCGUCGGUCUCAACGAGGGACGCUGACUUGGAGCGCUUACAAAAGAUGAUGUCAUUCCCCUUGUGGGGUUUACGCAUCGAUAUUGUUGUCGUUACUUAUCUGGGUCUUUUAUUUCGCCAACAGAUUCAGUAGGGCAGCUUAAACUUGAUAUGUUAUAGUCAUAUGUUCCUCCUAAUAAUGUCGUUGUUAAUAAGCUACAAAAACUAUUGAUUAAUAGUUGUAGUCACCCCAAAGAAAAUGUGUUAAUGAAGAUGUUACCACCGCACACAUUGUAACUCUUAACUUUUAUGCACAAUGCACAUCCACCAUUCAUUCAACUACGUCUUAAUGUAUUUCAACUGGUGUUUACAUACUUUUACAGCUCAACCAAUAAGGAUAAUGUUUUUUAGUAUAAAACAUGUCAAAACACCGACUAAUAAUCUUCCUGUCCAGACUUCAUGUGGUUAGCAGCUAACAGAUGAGCCAUGCUACUGUAGCGAGACGGACGUGGCAGGGCUGUAAGCCAACACGGGUCAUAAAUAAUAGAGCACGACCCGCCACCCCCAAAGCCUACUGUAGGUCUACCU